CGGCUGCGCCUCCUCCUUCUCUGUGUCGCCGCCGCCGCCAUGCCCGGAGGACUGCUUCUCGGGGACGAAGCCCCCAACUUUGAGGCCAAUACCACCAUCGGCCGCAUCCGCUUCCACGAUUUCCUGGGAAACUCAUGGGGCAUCCUGUUUUCCCACCCACGGGACUUUACCCCAGUGUGCACCACAGAGCUUGGCAGAGCUGCAAAGCUGGCGCCAGAGUUUGCCAAGAUGAAUGUUAAAAUGAUUGCUCUUUCCAUAGACAGUGUUGAGGACCAUCUUGCCUGGAGCAAGGACAUCAAUGCUUACAAUGGUGAUGAGCCCACGGAGAAGUUACCAUUCCCCAUCAUCGACGACAAGGACAGGGACCUCGCUAUCCUCUUGGGCAUGUUGGAUCCAGCGGAGAAGGAUGAGAAGGGCAUGCCUGUGACAGCCCGUGUGGUGUUCAUUUUUGGCCCUGACAAGAAACUGAAGCUGCAAAUCCUCUACCCAGCCACCACAGGCAGGAACUUCGAUGAGAUUCUCAGAGUGGUUAAGUCUCUCCAGCUGACAGCGACAAAGCGGGUUGCCACCCCAGUUGACUGGAAGGAUGGUGACAGCGUGAUGGUCCUUCCCACCAUCCCUGAAGAAGAAGCCAAACAACUUUUCCCUAAAGGUGUCUUCACCAAAGAGCUCCCAUCUGGCAAAAAGUACCUCCGUUACACUCCCCAGCCUUAAGUCUUUGUGGGGGCUGGGGCUGCAGCUGCUCGCCCAGAGGCGGUGGACCCAAGGGUGCCAGCUGAUAGCCAUGUGUCCUUGCAGCAGUUCGGCAGAAACAUCCUAGCGUGAUCACACCUGAAGUCCUUAGGUCACUAUAGUACUGGCUCAUUAAACGGAAAUGGCACCAAAA